AGGAGCAGUGGUACCCAGACUUACCUUUGACCUUUUCCUGCCUGCCUCCCGCCGGGGCUUGUGGAUCCUGCAGCUAGGUUUUUCCGAUCCAGCGAAUUAGACCUGGACCCAGACCAUGUUCCCGGUGAAGGUAAAAGUGGAGAAAUCAGAGAUGGAGAUGGCCAAAGCCCGGAACCAGCUGGAUGCCGUUCUUCAGUGUCUGCUGGAGAAGAGUCACAUGGACAGGGAACGUCUGGAUGAAGAUGCUGGGAAAACACCCUCAGAUACACACAACAAGGAUUGCUCCAUCGCUGCUGCUGGCAAAAGGCCAUCUGCCCGCUUCCCCCACCAGCGGAGGAAGAAGAGGAGGGAGAUGGACGAUGGGCUGGCUGAGGGGGUUCCUCAGAGAUCCAACACAUAUGUGAUCAAGCUGUUUGACCGGAGUGUGGAUUUGGCCCAGUUCAGUGAGAACACACCAUUGUAUCCCAUCUGCCGUGCCUGGAUGCGCAACAGUCCCUCAGUGCGAGAGCGGGAGCGGUCACCCAGCUCACCGCUGCCCCCUCUGCCUGAGGAUGAGGAGGGUUCAGAGGUCAUUAACAGCAAAAGUCGUGAUGUGUACAAGCUGCCUCCACCCAUAGCCCCUGGACCACCUGGAGAUGCCUGCAGAUCCCGAAUUCCAUCCCCGUUGCAACCUGAGACCCAGGGUACCCCUGAUGAUGAACCCUCGGAGCCUGAACCUUCUCCCUCCACACUCAUCUAUCGCAACAUGCAGCGCUGGAAACGCAUUCGCCAGAGGUGGAAGGAGGCAUCUCAUCGGAACCAGCUUCGUUAUUCAGAAAGUAUGAAGAUCCUGCGGGAGAUGUAUGAUCGCCAGUGAUGUUCCCAGUUCCCCCACCCCAAUAAACCUGCUCCCAGCCCACACCGGCCAGCCCAUCCUUCCUGGCCCAGACAUAAGGCAA